AUGUCGCACCUUCAAAACCAGCUCAAGAACUUCAGCGCCGGCGUUGUCGACUAUGCAAAGAGCAUGCCGCAACAGAGACGAUUCGUCCACAACAACCAACCCUCGGCCAGCAGUUCACAAGUGCCCUCGUCAGCCUCCACACCCACCCCCGGCGGCGGCGAUCCCCGACGAAAGCGACACGAUGCGGACAUCGUAUACUCGCAGCCGGCCAACACCGGCACGGGCAAGGAUAUCAUGACGCAGGUGAUUUUCGCGAUCGAGCACAUGAAAAACAAGGGCGUGCCGCUCAAGUUCGCCGACAUCGUCUCGUACCUGUCGCUGCAACACCGCGCCCAUGAUCAGGGCUACGUGCAGGCUCUACGCAGCAUCCUGCAGAGGCACGAGAAGGUGCAAUUCGACCCGAGCGGCGCGAACGGGGAAGGCACGUUCGCGUUCCGACCGCCGCACAACAUUCGCUCGGCGGAGCAGUUGCUGCAGAAACUGCAGGCUCAGACGACCGGGGCGGGGAUGAGUGUUCGGGAACUGCGCGAGGGGUGGCCCGCCGUGGAGGACACGAUCAAUAAGCUGGAGAAGGAAGGGAAGCUGCUGGUGACGCGGAACAAGAAGGACGACCAUGCCAAGAUGGUCUGGGCCAAUGAUCCGUCGCUGAUCCAGCAUUUCGACGACGAGUUCAAGUUGAUCUGGGAGAAGAUUCGGAUUCCCGAUCAGCAGACCGUUAAGGAGGAGUUAGAGAAGGCCGGGAUCACUCCCACCAACAAAAAUAAGGUCGUCAAGGCGCGGCCAAAUUUUGAAAACAAGAAGGUUAAGAAGCCGCGCCGCAGUGGUAAGACAACUAACACUCAUAUGAUGGGCAUUUUGAGGGAUUAUUCCCAUCUCAAGCGAUGA